AUGGAUGAAAACACCACCCCACAAGUUCUGAUAGAAGCCUUACGGGAACAGUGCCUUAGAAGAGGUUGUGGUGGAAUCAAGGGCCUGGGGCUUGUAUUUAAAAACAUGGAUAUAGACUAUUCAAAACGGAUAGUCUAUGAAGAACUUCGGAUAGGCUUGCAAAAAUACGGAAUUUUAAUGUCGGAAAACUUUCUCCGGUCACUGUUUCAUACAUUAGACCGAGAUAACAGUGGAGGAAUCGAUUUUCAGGAAUUUAUGAAGGCGUUAAGACCCCCAAUGAAUAAGGGACGAAUCGACGUGGUUAAUGAAACGUUUGAUUUACUAGACGUUGAUCACGACGGGCUGCUCAAAACGGAAGAUUUAAAAGGUACGUAA